CCCCGACAUCCGAGGUGUCAGCUAACGCGGUUGCUGUUUUAAUCAAUGCUGACCUAUGUUGACGGGCUCACCUUGCCCGUGGUAAACAGUAAGCCCCUAGCAGACACUGUGAAGCCUCGGGCUGUCGUGAUGUCGGAGCCCAAGGCACCCACUGCAGCACCCGGAGAUACUUAUAAAGGCUGGCUUUUCAAAUGGACAAAUUACAUCAAGGGAUACCAAAGACGAUGGUUCGUCUUGAGCAACGGUUUGCUGUCUUACUACAGGACCCAGGCGGAGAUGGGUCACACGUGCCGUGGCACCAUCAACCUGGCCACGGCCAACAUUGCUGUGGAGGACUCGUGCAACUUCGUGAUCUCAAACGGCGGCGCACAGACUUAUCACCUGAAGGCCAGCUCAGAGGUGGAGCGGCAGCGCUGGAUCACGGCCCUGGAGCUGGCCAAGGCCAAAGCCGUGCGCAUGCAAGCCGAGUCAGAUGAUUCUGGGGAUGAGUGCCCCACCACCCCCCCAGCAGCCGGCCAGGGCUCACGCAACUCGGAAGUGCAGUCCACACUCCGCACACUGGGCAGCAAAGUGGAGGACCUCAGCACCUGCAAUGACCUCAUAGCCAAGCAUGGCUCUGCCCUCCAAAGGUCCCUGUCUGAGCUGGAGGGCAUCAAGCUGGGUGGGGAGACGAGCGAUAAGAUUCGGCAGGUCACAGAGAGGGCUACGCUCUUCCGCAUCACGUCCAACGCCAUGAUCAAUGCGUGCCGGGACUUCCUAGCUCUGGCGCAAGCACACAGUAAGCGCUGGCAGAAGGCGUUGCAAGCCGAGCGAGAGCAGCGUGUGCGGCUGGAGGAGACACUGGAGCAGCUUGCCAAGCAACACAACCACUUGGAGAGAGCCUUCCGCGGGGCCACCGUGCUGGCCGCACCACCGAGCAACCCCGCCACUGACAGCAAAGGAUCAGGAAAGGGCGAUGCCAGUGACGAUGAGGAGAAUGAGUUCUUCGAUGCAUGUGAAGAAGUGCAGGAGUUCAUUACGGUCCCAGCGGACCCAAAGUACCACAGGAGGUCUGGCAGCAACAUCAGUGGGAUCAGCAGUGAGAUGGGAAUGGAUGAUGGGACGACAUCGCUGGACGAGCAGUCUUUGGCAUCUAAUCCAGAGUCUCCUCAAUCCCACGAGCUAGAGCCUGUGAGGAAGAGGCGGACCCGAAUCCCUGACAAACCCAACUACUCGCUCAACCUCUGGAGCAUCAUGAAGAACUGCAUCGGCAAAGAGCUUUCUAAAAUACCUAUGCCAGUGAACUUCAACGAGCCCAUUUCCAUGCUGCAGCGCCUGUCCGAAGACCUGGAGUACUCGGAGCUGCUUGACCGUGCCGCCAAGUGCCAGAGCUCGCUGGAGCAGCUGUGCUACGUGGCUGCCUUCACCAUCUCCUCCUACUCCACCACAGUGCACCGCACGGGCAAGCCCUUCAACCCUCUGCUGGGCGAGACCUUUGAGCUGGACCGCCUGCAGGAGAGUGGCUACCGCUCACUCUGCGAGCAGGUUAGUCACCACCCCCCGGCGGCGGCCCAUCAUGCUAUCUCCGUGCGGGGCUGGACCCUGAGGCAGGAGAUUACUGUGGCAAGCAAGUUCAGGGGCAAAUACCUUUCUAUCAUGCCUCUCGGUUCGAUUCACUGUAUAUUUGAGAAGAGUAACAAUCACUAUUCUUGGAAGAAAGUGACCACCACAGUGCACAACAUAAUCGUGGGCAAGCUGUGGAUAGACCAGUCAGGGGAGAUAGAUGUCAUCAACCACAGGACAGGUGAUCGCUGUCACCUCAAAUUUGCUCCCUAUAGCUACUUCUCUAGAGAUGUGGCUAGAAAGGUAACGGGUGUGGUGACAGACAAGGACGGCAAGGCGCACUAUGUGCUGUCGGGAACGUGGGACGAGAAGAUGGAGUUUUCGCGUGUCAUGCAGAGCAGCCGUGGGGGUGAGGAUGGCGCAGAGGGGCGCCAGAAGACCGUCUACCAGACUCUCAAAGCCCGUGAGCUGUGGAGGAAGAAUCCACUGCCGGAAGGGGCGGAGACCAUGUACUACUUCUCGUCGCUGGCAUUGACGCUGAACGAGCCAGAGGACGGCGUGGCGCCCACGGACAGCCGCCGACGGCCUGACCAACGGCUCAUGGAACAGGGCCUGUGGGACGAGGCCAAUGCUGAGAAGCAGCGACUGGAGGAGAAGCAGCGGAGCGUGAGGCGUGAGCGAGAGCGCGAGGCAGCCCGCCUUGCCUCCACAUCUGAGGACGCUGUCAUUGAGGACUUCAUAACUGACUCGCCUCUAAAAAUGGAGGACAUGGAAGGUCCCUAUGGAGCUCACGCCAAAAGCAUACCCCAGGACAACUACAAGGCCUUGUGGUUCGAGCGGCAAGAGGACCACGGGAUGGGAGAGCCCAUGCACAUCUACAAGGGGGGUUAUUGGGAGGCCAAGGAGCAAAACAACUGGGACGCCUGCCCGGACAUCUUCUGAUCCAAACAUCAGUGCGCAUCUUCAGUGGAGUAGACUACCCUCAUGCCACCCCUCCCAGAAAAAAAACAAAACAAGAACAACAAAAAAAAAAAAAUGCACCCCACCACCCACCUCCUUUAGUUGUCUUUGCCAAGGCAAACUGGACAAUAAUGACUCAUACCACCCAUAUCCACGUCUCUCCUGAUCAUUGGAGUGGUCAGUAGCUUGGUUCCUGUCCAGCCCUCUGUCGUUUCCCCUUCCCUCUGUAAGCAGGUAAAACAGCAGCGAGCACCAGGCAUCAUAGACCAAAGCACAUAUGGGACAUGCCUCCCCACUCCCCUUAUUAGCACCUUCAUUCCCUAACCCUUUCUCACUCAGCCUUUUCUCUUCUGUGGGAUUUUUCUGUUCUGUCCCAUAAGGGAAAUGGUUCGGUCUCUCUCUCGCUCUCGCUCGUGCUCUCCUCCCCCCCCCCGUGUGGUUACAAGUGCCGCACCUGCCAUCCUUCUGCGCUACAUGAAACCCCACCCCGUUCCACCUCAGCCUUGCACCCAGUAUGUCUUCCACAGGGUGCUGACUUUGCCCAGAGGACCCUGGCGUGUGGAGAUUAAAAAAAUUAAGGGAUUUAGUAUGUGUGCGUGCGUGUGAUAAAGAGAUAAAUGUAAUGUGCUUGUGGUGUUAUUUUUGUGCAGGGGUGUGAAAAAAGUUGACAGAACUGGGCCCUGCCCUCUCUUAAUGGUCUCUUGUGGUUCUUUCAGUCACAAACAUGGCGCUGCUUUCAAUUUUGACUCCUUUCCAAUGCACUGACUGCCUGUCUUGUCCAGACUGGUCCCAGAUCAGGCCAAGACAGUCCAACCCCAUGAAUCCUAGGUCUCGGGCUUGGCCAGUGCAAAAUUGUAGGGCCCAGGCCUGCUGUUAUUGUCCACAGUGGCCUGGAAAAGCAUAUUAAAAACAAGCAAAAAAACAAAUGUAUGUUAAUGUAGCCAGAAGGACUAUGAAGGACUUAUGAAAAUAAUUUGAUAACAUCUGGGGGGAACAAGGAUGUUAUAAGAAGAAUUCUUUGGAGUUUUAAUGGGUACAUGAGUUAUGUACUUUCAGAAUAGUAAUAUCACCCUUUAAUUUCCCAGAGCUGUAGGACUUGUAACUUGCACUAAUGGUGUAAUCCACAGUUCCCAAAAACAAUUGUGCCUGUCUGUAACGUCCCUUGCGGCAAAGACGGACUGUACUGCAGUCCCAUCGCUUCUUUAGAACACUGGAGCAGCACUUCUGGCAGACAAGUGCCAGCUUGACCUGAUGGCAUUCGCAUUGCACCCUCCAAUCCCAACAUGACAGAAGUAUAAACGUGUAUAAGGCCAUGCAAGGUGAAGAGAGGACCCCUAUACAUAAAAAAUAAUAAUUACAAAUUUGUAUGCAAGUGUAUAUGUGUGUAUGUGUUGAUGGGUGACAUUUGAGGCUUUUAUUGUGUAUCCUCUCAAAAGAGGGGAAGAAAAGUCACAUUUUAUUUUCAAGUGUACUUAUGGGGGGGGGGGGGGGAUCAAGCGUAAUAAAGCAACACACACAAAAUGCAAAACACUGCAAAUAUUUGUGUAUAUAUCAAAUAAGUAAUAGUCAUAUUAAUAACAGUUAUCAUUCUGGAGGAAACUAAGCACUUGCAGUGAUAAAAACCAUGUUACUUCUGAUGAAUUUUGAGAGAGAGUGUGAUAGUCAUAUUUUUGAUUUACUCAUGUUGUUUAAGGGGAAGCCAUCAGUACAUUUUCUGCACUCAUUUGGUUAGUUGAAAUAUUUUCAUUCCCCAUCUAAAAAUAAAACAAUUAUUUGCUUCUAAAUAUGGAUACAUACUAAUGGAUUUUUGUAUAACUCAUUCAUUGCAAUAUUGGUUUCUUAUUUCAUUAUCUUACUCCUAAUGUUUUCUUGCAGUUUUAAGAGAUCUACCCAAAUUUUAGUUUUUGGUUCUGUUUUCUUUCUUUUUUGGUCUCUCUCAUGGUCUUUGUGUCACAGAACAGGCUGAGUGUAGUAAUGCUGCAGGAUGUCAAAAUAAAAUUGGAUUGGAAAAAAAAAUUGGCCUUA